UUAUACAUUUUUUGAAUUUGAAAUCGUUGUUUAUCGACCUUCUUGAUGUUUGUUGGGUGAAACCUCUUUAGUUUUCCUGUUGCUCUAGUACUUUUUUGGGCGAGGUUAUUAGGGUUUCAACCGAUUUCAAAAAAUGAGGUUCUCAGUUGGACAAACAGCUUGUCACUCCGUAUUUUUACUCUUACUUAAAACAUUCAAAAAUUAUCAACUUUCAUUCAUAAAAAGCAUUUUUUUUUAAAUAUAAACUAAUUGAAACAUGAAAUAGGGCCUAUUGGAUACAGGACUGACUAUACACAGUGUGGACCAGGGUGGAAAUAAAAAAUAAUGUUGCUCUUCUCUCCAAAAUAGGUUAGUGCUAUUUUCUUUAUUAAUCUGAUCAGAGCAUUAAUUAUAGCCUAAUAAUGUUAGCUUUCCAACAAUUUAAGCAUUUUUAAAAUCAGUUCAGUAGUUUCGGUGUAUUUAGGGUAUCAACAAACAAACAGUUUUUUUUCGUUAUUAGUAGGUAUAAGGAAAAUCAAAAAACUUCAAAUCCUACAAUAAAUAGUACCUAUGUAGUAUGGUUUUUAUUUUUCUUUAACACAAUAACUACAAAAUAGAUUUUAAUGUAACUUGGCUUUUUUUAUCCAUGUGCGAGAUGUAGUAAGUGAAUCAUAUUUUAUUAAAAUAUCGAAUAGAAUCAUGUUACAAAGCAACUGGUCUAACUUAAAAUAGUAUGCAGUUAAGUUCAUUAUGCAACUUAAGUUACUCGUGCUAUCUGAAUGGGAAACACGUUAUAAUAUACUUAGUAAAGUAAUGUAUAGUAUGGGUAUAUAGUAUUCUUAUGUAAAGUUUAGUUUGGUUAGGCUCAGUUUAUCUAGAAUUUCAUAAUAUUGCUUAAUAAUUUGAAGAUGAAUAUAAGUUGAAAAUUGCCAUAAAUCAGACUUUAAAUACAGAUCUAGGUAAAAAGCAACCUAUUUAAAAAGUUUUCCUAACAGAGUAUGGAUCUAUAAAUAGAAAAAGAAUGCAAUUAAAAACUAAGUUAAUUAAAUAAAUUCUAUAUCACCACUAAAGAAAGAACACACAACCACAGUCGCCAUUUUGAAUUAAAAUUGCACCAUAAUUGCACAAAGCAUUCUAAAUUUAAACCACUAAAAUAAAAACUCAUUAGAACACUAACAAGUUUAAAUAAAUACCGGCCAGUACGCAAGAACAUUCACACUCCAGUGUUGCCACACUCAAUAAAGAAACAGUCGACAAUAGGCGAACACCUACUGCCAUACAGCCUAGUAACUAGACAUCAAAGUGAAUGACAUAAUACACUGUACAUAUCUAUUCAUGCAAGUCAUAUAGCGAGUAAGAAAAGUAGUGUUUUAGUCGGUAUACCUCAGCGGGCAUGCGGGAUCGAUUCCGGGCAUGCGCAAAGGGGCCGGGUACUUCCGACCCCCGCGCCCCGCCGCACUGUAGCUGAAACACCCCCACGCUGCAACUGCACUCCAGUGCAUGCGAGAACGCGACCAAAGAAAAACUGCCUGAAAAUAAUUAAAAACUAAUCGCAUUAUUGUUGUUCAAAAAAAGAACUCUGUAUCCAAAUUCAAAAUAAAGCGCGUUCGGGUUAUGUGUCGGUUGUUCAAUCGUUAAUAUGUCAUCUUUAACGUGUGGACUCGAAGAGCCGUAGACCGGUCACCAGUGGAAGCGAACACACAUCAACUAUUAACGAACUAUGAAGAAGAAAAAACGAAUGCACCGUUCACAAAAUAAACGCAUUCAAUGCCAUAUAUUAAACACAAACCACUUCGUAUGAGCACUUUGACAAUAUUAAAUUAAAACAAUUCCGAAAGCAUUUAACUCACAAGUUUAUUAAAAUUUAUACGCAAUAUUUAAUCACAAAAACCGUUAGUUUUUAAUAAAAAUCAAUAAUUAAACACAAAUUAGUGAUACACUAUUAUAAUAACCUCCCGAGCAAAUAAAACCCAACCUUAAAAUCGAAAUUUUAGACUGAUAUAUAAAAUUCCGUAAGUAGAUUUAAAAAUAAUAACAAAAAAAAAUAUAGUAUUUACAUUAGUUGACGAUUUGAGAAAGUUUAUAUGUAGAAGAAUAAAAAUUUAAAAUAUAAUAUUUAUUAUUAAAAAUAAAUAAAAAAGUAUAAUAAACAAAAAAAGACGCAAUAUAAUAAUAAUAAAAAAAUAAAAUACAAAAAAUCGAUUCAGGGAUCAGUGACGUAGCCUUAGACAUUUAAAAAUUUUGUACGACGGCCGAACAAUUUUGACACUUGCUAUUUUCACAGUGUACAAAAAUGGAUGAUCGAGUGUUUUUGUGUGCAAGUUAAGUGUUAUGGUACUGUGUUAGUGUGUGGGGCCGAGGGGCAAUAUGUUGAACAUGUUCGAUAUGUGGAACUCUGUAAGCACGAAGCUAGAGCAGACCAAUGUCCAGCAGAGUCAGCAGCCGCACACUUCAGGUGGGAGCAUUAAAGCUCAAAUCGAAAUAAUACCAUGCAAGGUGUGUGGGGACAAAUCAUCUGGUGUCCACUAUGGCGUCAUCACCUGCGAGGGGUGCAAGGGUUUCUUCCGGCGAUCACAGAGCACAGUGGUGAACUACCAGUGUCCACGGAAUAAAGCCUGCGUUGUCGACCGGGUCAACAGAAAUCGUUGUCAGUAUUGCAGAUUGCAGAAAUGCCUCAAACUUGGAAUGAGCCGUGAUGCGGUGAAGUUUGGACGGAUGUCGAAAAAGCAACGUGAGAAGGUGGAAGAUGAGGUGAGAUUCCACCGUGCACAGAUGAGAGCGCAGACUGACACGGCGCCCGACUCAGUAUACGACGCUCAACAACAGACGCCGAGCUCAAGCGACCAGUUCCAUGGUCACUACAAUGGCUACCCGGGCUACGGGUCGCCGCUGUCCUCGUAUGGGUACAACAACGCCGGGCCGGCGCUACAGUCCAACAUGGGAGGCAUACAGCCUCAAGCACCCCAGCAGCAGCCCUAUGACGUGUCGGCUGAUUACGUAGACUCCACCACGGCUUACGAGCCGAAACAGACCGGGGGAUUCUUGGAUCCUGAUUUUAUUAGUCAUGCGGAGGGUGACAUCAGCAAAGUUCUGGUGAAGAGUUUGGCAGAAGCACACGCAAAUACCAACCCCAAACUGGAGUUCAUUCAUGAGAUGUUCAGAAAGCCACAGGAUGUCUCCAAGCUUCUAUACUAUAGUUCAAUGACGUACGAGGAAAUGUGGCUGGAUUGUGCAGACAAAUUAACUGGGAUGAUUCAGAAUAUUAUCGAGUUCGCUAAACUUAUACCCGGGUUCAUGAAACUGACUCAGGAUGAUCAGAUUUUGCUCUUGAAAUCUGGCUCGUUCGAGCUAGCCAUAGUCCGGCUGUCGCGACUGAUAGACGUCAAUCGUGACCAAGUGCUAUACGGCGAUGCGGUGCUGUCCAUCAGAGAAUGUGUGCAUGCACGUGACCCCCGCGACGUGGCGCUAGUGGUUGGUAUCUUCGACGCAGCGAAGACGAUCGCUCGACUCAAACUCACUGAGACUGAACUGGCGCUAUACCAGAGCCUUGUGCUAUUGUGGCCAGAGCGGCACGGCGUCCGCGGCAACCCUGAGAUCCAGUGCCUCUUCAACAUGUCGAUGGCGGCGAUGCGGCACGAGAUCGAGACCAACCACGCCCCCCUCAAGGGAGACGUCACUGUGCUGGACACGCUGCUCGCCAAGAUACCCACCUUCAGAGAACUAUCGCUGAUGCACCUGGAAGCGCUGUGCCGCUUCAAGGCCGCCCACCCGCACCAUGUGUUCCCGGCCCUCUACAAGGAGCUGUUCUCACUCGACAGUGUCCUGGACUACACCCACGGCUAAGCCCAGCGUUGGGCAACCAGGUUUCUAUCAGAUUGCGUUAAAACGAUCUCAUUUUUGCCCAACAUAGCUGGACGGUGGCAUUUUGAGACCUUUUCAAAGACUCUUGACAGCUUGACAGCUAUAUUAAAUAUUUUUUUUUAUAUAAUUUUUAAUUCCUCUAAGUAAAACUAAACGCAAUUAAAUAGAUUUGUUAAUAUAUUUAUAAUUGUAUGUAUGUACCUUGAGACUGUUAAAAUAUUUACUUAAAAGUAUGUACGUACAAUCACUAAAAGGAGGUUUAUUUAAUUCGAUUCUAGUUACAUUUAAAUGCGUUUAAUUUUACAUUUAAUCUCAGAAUAUUAUGAUUUUUUUUUUCAUUUGUUAUGGAAUUCUCUUAUUAUUAUUUUUCAUAACAUGAAAUAUUAUGUAGCGUUACACACAUUUUUUGUGGAUUAUCUAAUACAGAAUUAGACAUAAUGUAUGUUUGAUUGUGUAUUGUAUACAAAGGAAUAUCGUAAUAUAAUUAUCGUAAAGUGUAUCUAACUCUGAAUGAAGAAAUAAUAAUAAUUAUUAUAUAAAGAUAUAAUAAUAGGAAUAGAGUUUUUAUUAAGAAAUAAAUAAAAAAGUUAUAAAGGUAUAGCAAGUUAAAGAUCACACAGUUUCAAUCGUACGAAACUUAUUUUAAAUAGGACUUUUUUUUAUUAAUUUUAACAGUUUUUUUAAAGAAUGUAACUUGUUAUUUAUUUCAAAUGAUUAUUAUUAUUAUUGAUGUUUUUUUCGCCUCUGUAGAUUUUCGAUUUAAGUUGUAAUAUAGGAAUACAUGAUACUGCCCAUUUUUUUGUAUUUUUUUCGUUGUUUUUAAAUAAAGAAGUACAUAUAUGUCGAAUAUGUUGAAGCGAUGGAAAAAUGCAAAUCAUAAUUUAAAGUAAUUUUAAGUCGUGCGUUGAACAAAAUUUCCAAUUGUGAAUGAACUUUCUGAAAAGAGAAAUCAAAUUUUCACGGACAAAAAACAUUUUUGUAAUACUUAGCAGGCAAUUUUUAUUCAUUUUUUUCAUUUUUUUCGCGUGUAGAGUAAAUUGAUCUCAUUUUUUUUCAUAUUCUUUGCUUGGGUGCCAUCUUCGGAAUUACGUCACAUUUUGCAUAAUAAAAUGAAAUAAGAAAAACAUAAAAAACACAAUUUCUGCAUAAUAAAACUGUUGUACUUUACCCUUUAAUACGUAAAUUAUUUUUUUAUUACCGUUUUUUAUUAUUUUAGCUUGACGCGAUUUUAUACGUAUAUUUUUAAUUUAAUUUAAAUUGCCUGCUACUAAUAAUUAGAAUUAUUAAAAUAACCAUCAAUUUUCUAACAUUACGCUAAGUUUGUCGAAUAGCCUUUACUAUAGACUGGAUUAUAUUAAUGUUAAUAAAAAAGUAUAAAUCUUAACUUGUAUUUUGUAAAUAGUUAUUAAUCGUAUGUAUUUUAUAUUAAAUAUCAUAAGGUUCGAUGGGUUAUCUUUAAUUUUACAUUCUAUUAAAAAAUAUAAUAAAAGAAACAAAUUUUUCAAAAUGACCUCCGAGCGUGCUUGAUAGAUCAUGUGAAAAAUGUUGUUUUUUCCUUUCUAUAUAUUAUAUAUUUUUUGUUAAAUAAAGCAAUCUGUUAUUGUCUA